AGCCAUUGUUCUCAAGUUCUAUACUUUCCCUCUUUUACCGAUAGGAUCUCUUCGAUCCACCAUGGCAAUCCAUAUGUGGUUGCUUGUUCUUCUAGGUGCCCGAUGUUUUGCGGAGGAGAUGUGCUCCUCUGAGCUUGCCUCGGGUCCAGCUUUGCUGCAUCGGCGCAUGGCCCGCGCAACCAUGAAGGAUUUCGCCGGCGGCGCCGACCACGGAGGUGUCAACGCUUCGAAUGCUUCGAACGCUUCGAAUGCUUCGAAUGCUUUCAGUUCCGGCAACGGCCAUGGCAAUGGGUCGGCGAUUGUGGAGGCAGUGGACGCAUGUUUGGCCCCAAAGCGCGUGGCGGCUUUUGGGGAUGCGGCGACGCUGGAGCUCUGGGACCGCGUGAGGACCGCAGAGAUCCUGGCGCGGCUGCGAGCGGCGAACCUCAGCGUCAAGGCCCUGGGCCCGGAGUGGCCUGAAGACCCCGCCGUCAUCGACGCCGCCCAAGUGGCGGGCCAUGACGCAGCGGAGGCCCUGGCCAGGGCCCAGUUCAAGAAGGAGGCGGAAGUCAUCUUGAAAGGCAACCUCACUGAGGCCUCCAUCGCCCACUUCGUGGACCAGAUUCAAAAGAUGGCCGAGAUGUGCGGGGACGGCGAAGAAGCCCAUGCCAUCGCUGAAGACGAAGCACAGAUCCUCAAUUCCUCCAGCGGUUUCAUCUCUCCGGAGGAGGCAAGGGUAGCCGCCGACAUUGCCGCGUAUGUGCAGGGCCUCUGCCAGUCAGAGGCGCUUGACAUCCACUUUUUUUUGGGGCAUUUUGUCGGUAACUCCUCGGAGUGCAGCGACCUUGUGUCCAUGUCCCACUUGGUCCAGAUCAACAAGGAGACAUCCAAGCUUGACUACUAUGCCAAGAGCGUCUUAGUCCUGCAUGAUUCGCACAAUAAGCUGGGUCAUCACUUUGCGAAACGAUUGAAGCAGAAACAGGAUCAGGAGAGUUCUUUCGAGCCACUGCUUGUGCAUGCCACUUUGUCGCACGCCAAAAACAAGGCAAGAAUGGCGCGGUUGCGUUACCUGGACAGCUUCUACUAUGAGAAGGUCCAUGGAUACUCUCAAACGGCUUAUUGUGACUCCAACAUUCGGUUGAAGAAAGAGCUGCCGCAGCACUGGAUCAGUCAAAGUGCAGAGAUCCAAAGGUACGUGGGGUGCCGCUGCAUGGAGCGCCAGCCCGCAUUGCUUUGUGAUGCCCUGCAUGGUGAGGAGUUGGCCCGGCUGCGGCCCCAGGUGCUGAGCCGGCUGCAGCAGGCAGCCAAGAAGCUGGAACCCUCCUUGAUGCAGACGGGCUCCAACAUGGGCUCCGGAACGGGCUCCGGAACGGGCUCCGGGGCCCCGGUGGGUUUGGGCCCGUGCCAGGACCCGGACGGCAAGCCGGCAGCUGUGAGCUGCUCGAUGUGCGUCAACGGGGACAACUGCGUCAGCAGCGGCGGGAGUUACAGCAUCGACGUCUUCUCCGCGCUGAAGCCUCUUCUCGGCAGGAGCAAUUCCUGCAUGAAGGGCUACUGCACCCCUUGCAUGGGCGUCAAGCCUGGGGACGCAUUGCAGUUCAAGAUGGACAUUGGUGUGGAUGCCUCAAAGUGCGGCAGCACCGCUGAGUUCAUGGCGAACUUCAACCUGUUCGCAGAGCUGAAGCUAUGCAUCGGUGGCGUUUUGGGAGAAGCCGCCGACAUGAUCGGCUGGGCGCUGUGCGAAAGCCUCGGCAAAUUGGCGUACUACCCCUUCAUCAACAAGCUCCAUUUGUCCGUCAGCCUUCCCAUUCCCAUUCCGGCUCCUUUGGGAAUCCGAGCCAGCAUGGCUGCCAACUUGAACCUUGGGGAUCUCACCGAGGCGGUGAACAGUCACUGCGCGACUCUAAGUGCCUCUGCGCACUUCCUGUGCCUCACGCAGUUCUUCAAUGCUCGUGGAGUUACUUCUGUGGACUUUGACAUCGAAGCCCUCAUUGGUGUCAGGAUUCCCUUUGUGGGCACCGUGGGCGAAUGGGUGAAGGUGUUGGGCUUUGGCUUUGCAGAGUCGGACAACUCCCGUGAGAUCGCCAUGAACCGCGCGGACGUGACGGUGAUUUACUUUGGACCCAGAAGCGAGAACCAGAUCUGCGGCAAGGCCUUCUCAGGGGUGAACUGCGAGGCCAUCGCGGGCGACCAGGACAAUCGGGUCAAUGAGGACUGCCGCUACUGUGGAGAUGACUUCUACCUUUGGCGCCCCGACUCCUCGAACUACCGGUCCCUCUGCGUGCGGCGCACCGACUAUGGUGGUGGCUGGGGCAUGAAUUUGGAGGUGGCCUGCAGAGUGGACAAUACCCACACCAAGACCUUGCUCUCCUUUGGGCACAGCAGCACCAACACCAAGUGCACCUUGCCCCCAGAGCCGGUGACCUGCCGCGCGGACAGCGCGGACCGGGGCCAGCGUCUGGGCUUCGAUACCCACGCGGAUGACUACCACGUCUACAAGGAUGGCCAGCGAUGGUGUGCGCGGCGCACAGACUACGGUGGUGGUUGGGGCAACAAUCUGGUGGUGGAAUGUGAUCCUACAGGCGGAGGAGGAGUUGUGAACUACGUGGUCUCCACGGUGCAUUUGGGCAGCAGUGGGGUGAACCAGAGGUGCCUCCUUAUGACCCACGCGUAUGACUGUGACCCAGAUGCAGGGGACAUGUACAAACGGGUGAACCACGACUGUGCCGGUUGCGGGGAUCGCUUCUUCGUGGAGGAGAGUGAGGGCUAUGUUUGUGCGACGCGACUUGAUUACCAUGGCGGUUGGGGAUUGGAUCUGAAGAUGCACUGCAAGGACUAUGGCUGGGUGCGGGAGGUAGUGACGGUCAAUAUGGGUGCCAGCAACUCCAACACGAAGUGUGUGGGCGUGCACCGGCCUGUCACCUGCGCCGCCUUCGCGGCGAACCUGGGCUAUCGUCUGAAUGCCGAUCCUUGGGGGGACGCCUUCCAAAUCACAACCUCCGGCAGCACUGUGUGUGUGCGGCGAACGGAUUACCAUGGUGGCUGGGGGAUGCAGCUGUCGUUUUCCUGCACUGGCGUUUGAAUGAAGCAGUCGUUUUCCCCAGCGCACAAAAGCCAGAGACCGAGCCGACCGUGCCUGUGCCUCAAAUCAAAUUUGGCAAGGUGUAACACAAUAAGCAGUUGACGCAAUAAUCAGGUUUUAUAUGCCAGCAAAGCGAGGUGCCGGGACACACUGACGCCUUUUGCCAUUGUGACCCGCGAAGCUCGCUCAGAAUCACUACAUUGUUGAACAUCCCCAUCAAUCACCUGACUUGUGUAGUUCUACCAUCAUCAGGUGAUACACUUGGAACUCAUUCAACAAUUAUGAUGCGCAUGUUUGUGCUGACGGACCGUUAACCGUGCCCGC